AACCAGAUAAUGCUCCUAAUAUGCUGCGAAUCUUCGCUUUAGCCACCACCCCCCGCCAUGUUAUAUAAAAAGCCUCCAAGCCAAGUACUUCGUUUUAGUCUCAAAGGGAAAGGGCAGCUAACAAUGGCAACCACUAGAUUAUUGCGCACGUUUAAGCCUAUGACCAUUCAUUCCUCCUCUGCCUCUUCUUCUUCGUCUUCUUCACCACCAACAAUUGUUAGGUAUCUGAGCAAGGACGCCGGGUUGAUGAGUGGAGAGCAAAGACUUGGUACUGUAAAUGAGCGGAAACAGAUGGCGAUUGUUAAGGCUUCAGUGGCUUCUUCCGAGACCGAGACGCUUACCACAUCAAAACCGCAAGUGAAUGAGGGAGUUGUACAUUUGGCUACCUUGGUUACAAAGACGCAUCGUUCUAUGCUCAUUCUACUAAGAACGGCUCUCAAGCGAAAAUCUAUGAAGAUGCAAGUCCAGAUGUUCAUUGAGAAGGGCAUAAUUGACUGCCGGUUCUUUACACUACUUGCUGUUGCAGGAUCCUUACUUGGUUCAGUAUUGUGCUUUGUCGAGGGUUGCUUUAUUGUUCUAGAGUCAUAUUUCCAGUAUUUUCAUGCCUUGUCUCACAAAACAGAUCAAGGACAUAUGGUGCACCUGCUUAUUGAAGCAAUAGAUAUGUUCCUAGUAGGAACAGCCAUGCUUAUUUUUGGGGUGGGGAUGUAUGCCAUGUUCAUGGGAUCAAAGGCGGUGGAUAAUAAAGGACCGCGAUUCACUGAGUCAAAUUUGUUUGGGCUCUUCUAUAUGAAGUCACCUCCAGCCUGGGUUGAUAUGAAAUCAGUUUCGCAAGCAAAAUCUAAAAUUGGGCAUGCAGUGGUGAUGAUACUUCAAGUGGGACUAUUGGAGAAGUUUAACAGUAUCCCUCUUGUCACACCGUUGGACCUUGCGUGUUUUGCCGGAGCUGUGCUUGUUUCCUCUGCUUGUAUCUUGAUUCUUUCAAGACUUGAUUAUUCAGCUACCACUGCUAACUGAUCAACAAUCAAGUCCGCAUGAGUUUCCCACCUCAAAAUCAAGUGCACAACCAAAGAUUCAUUCAUUUAUUAAUAACCCAUUCUUUUUGUAGUACUACUACUGAUACUGAUAUACACAGUCACACACACGAGUAUUAUGAAACACACAACACAUGAAUCGUAACAUACACAGAAAGGGAAGAGGAUUGUCUCAAAACCUAUAGGUUCUCUUAGUUGUCUCUUCCAAUUCUUUUAUUAGGGAUGUACGGUUGUAAUUCA